GUCACCUCUUAUUUGGUCUUUCUACUGAACACUUCAACAAUUUUACUUUCGGUUCGUUGGUAGCUGCGUACUUUGUCUUUCUGGCUUCAACAAACGUUUCAAAGGGCUCAGAAUGAAGGGGAUCGUCGUCACGGUGGUUCUGUUGGUUUGCGUGGAUCUCGGAGUCUCCAUAAAGGAACGCAAUGAACAAGCCCCAAAGGUCCAGGUGUACAGCCGUUUGCCCGGUACCUUGGGAAAAGAAAACACUCUGAUCUGUCACACCAGUGGCUUCCACCCCCCAGAGAUCUCCAUUAAGCUGCUGAAGAAUGGAAAUGAGCUGCCCGGCGGUGGACAGACUGACCUGGCCUUUGAGGAGAGCUGGCAUUACCACCUGACCAAACACGCUCCUUUCACUCCAGAGAAAGGAGAGUCUUACACUUGUGUGGUCACUCACACGACAGGCACCAAGACCUACACCUGGGAGCCGGAUGUGUGAGCCCUGCACAGCUUUUGCUCCAGGCAGAAAGAAGAGCCCCCCUCCCCGAUGAUGGGCCGCAAUCCCCCUUGACGCUGCGCAGGGAGACGUGAUGAAGAUGACGGAAGACGAGCGAAGCUUGACUCCACUUUUCUUUGCGUCUGAUUAUUUUGACCCAGAACUGUCAAUCAGAUGAAUUGGACCCCAUAAUGCAGAGCGGCAGCGAAUCUGCACGCUGCCGUACGCAUUUCUGAGCAAACUCUUUAAUGAUGAAUCCUGUUUCUGCUCAGAACUUCAAUCAACCGAGGAAUGUACCAAAAAACUUCACUUUCACUAGAAAAGCGUUGCGGCAACAUCAAGACACCUUAAAUUAAAGAUCUAGCUUUUUUAAAGCAUAAAAUGUAUAACUUAUAAAAAUGAAAUGUAGAUCAGUGCAUUCGUUUUUACCUUAUGGAGUCUGUUAAAUCUCAAUGAACUUUACUUUAUGUAACUUGUGGUGGAUCUUUGCACUUUGGCUUUUGGAGCACUUACAGAUGUAACUGUCGUCAGUGUGUUUUAUAUAACAGCUGUUUGAAAACUCUUCAAACAGAUUCUCAUGGAAAGAAAUGUAAUUCCUUCUAUUCUUUUGGAUUAAAGCUUCGGUAAUGUCUGAAA